ACUAUAGAUUUCGCUUCGUUGUCUUGGUCUCUGAGUUGGACUUUUGAGGGAAAUCAAAGCAACAAUGGCUUCUUCAAUGGCGAUUAAAACCCUGGCAACAUCACCCUUGACACGUUCUCCUUUCACAAAAUCUUUGUCUUCACUUGUACGACUCGUAUCCUACUCAACAAAGUCAGACAACGACGACGACGCCAUCCCCACAGCAGGAAUCAGCAGGCCGCUCUCCGACAUUCUCAAAGAGCUCAAUAAGAAAGUCCCAGAUUCUCUUGUCAAGCUCCGCAUUGAAGGCUUCAAUAUGAAAUACAUCCCAUGGCAUAUUGUGAAUCGGAUUAUGAACCUGCAUGCUCCAGAAUGGUCUGGCGAGGUUCGGCAUAUUACUUACUCUGCUGAUGGGAAGUCUGUAUCAGUCGUAUAUCGUGUAACACUCUAUGGGACUGACGCUGAGAUAUAUCGAGAGUCUACAGGAACUGCUUCAGCUGAUGAUACUGGCUAUGGAGAUCCUGUACAAAAGGCUGAAGCAAUGGCAUUUCGACGAGCUUGUGCUCGGUUUGGGCUCGGGCUUCAUCUUUAUCAUGAGGACUUGUUGUAGAAAGCAGGGGGGGAGGGGGUUGCUUUUUCUUCUUCAAUCAAAAGAAAAGACUAAAUGGCUCUUGUGGUUUACUUGUGCCUUUUGGGGGCAUACAUGGUUCAAAUAGCAUAAUGUUGCUAUAAUUUUUGUCUGGAAAGUAUUGGUAGUGAAAGUAAACAACUUUUGGCAAUGAACAAACAAUUGGGUUUACCUUGUGAUGUAACUUUGAUACAAUUUAAGCCUACUAAUUAGAUGUUUGUGGUUAAAUGUUCCG